AAUAUAGUCCAUUACCUAUUAUCUACUGGGUUAUGUUUCUAUUGUGUCAACUAGGCUAUAGGUCUCAUUACAGAUCCACGUUCAGAGCUGAACUAUCGAGUCAUCGGCAACCAAACUAAAUAAAAAUAUUGUCUAAAUUUGUCCAGGGGAAAUUACUCUAAUGACUUUUCAAGUCUUUUGGUGUUUGAUUCAAGAAAAAUGUUGAAGAUAUUUAGACCUCUGUUAAAACAAGCCAAAUUACACAACAUUUCUCGAAUAUGCCAAUGCAGGCUAUUAUACUGCACCCAAUUUAAAAAGACCAUACGUGGAAUAUUGGGUAGAUAUGAAACAAAAUAUGGCAGGCUUGUCAGUGGCAGAUCUAAAGUGUUUGGAAGUUUUGAACCAGAUAAUUUGAAUUUACCCCCUGAUAUCCCAGAAUAUGAAGAAGUUCAGAUCCAGUUGAAAGGAUAUGAUUUUGUUGUAUUAGAAUCAUUUUCUAAAUAUGUGCAUUCUAUAGCUAGAGAAAUGCAAUUAGAAUCGGACACUUGGGCAUCACCACCUCAAGUUUUUACAAUAAAGACCUUUAAACCAAAUUCAACUGUUGUUGAGAAUGCUUUUGAUUUAAAAGAAUACAGCAGAACUGUUCAGUUAGAUGAUGUCCCUUCUCCAACUCUUCCAAUCUUAGUUGAAUUGAUAUCUACACAUGCACCAGAGGGGGCAAAUAUUGUUGUUAAAAAGCCUGAUGAGGAGGAUGAAGAAUUUCGCUACAUACCAGAAUUAGAAAAGAAAGAAUUAAAGUCACAAAUAGAAGCUAUAGAACAAGCUAGAGCAGACAGACGCAAAUAAAUUUACACAAUCAUAUUUUUUUGUAAAUUAUUAGGAGGAAAUGAAAAGUUGAGAUAGAAAUUAUAAUCCAUUUGUAGUAAAAGCAGUGUUUGUGUUAAUAAAAGACAAUCUCUAUCUCAA